AUGAGACCCGAAGUUGAGCAAGAGCUCGCCCACACGCUCCUCGUUGAGCUCCUUGCAUACCAGUUCGCCUCGCCCGUGAGAUGGAUCGAAACUCAAGAUGUCUUCCUCGCCGAGAAGACUGCCGAGCGGAUCGUCGAGGUCGGUCCUGCUGAUACUCUCGGCGUGAUGGCCAAGAGGACCCUCGCAUCCAAGUACGAAGCCUUUGAUGCUGCAAAAUCAGUACAACGUCAGAUUCUGUGCUACAACAAAGACGCGAAGGAGAUCUACUACGAUGUGGAUCCAAUUGAGGAGGAGCCAGAGCCUACACCAGCAGCCAGUUCAAGCGGUGCAUCAGCACCUGCUCCUGCUGCCUCGGCGGCGGCGGCUGCCCCUGCGCCCGCUGCUGCUGCCCCGGCACCUAGUGCUGGCCCUGCUGCCGCAGUCCCAGACGCGCCCGUUGCUGCUAUGGACAUUGUGCGGGCGCUGAUUGCGCAGAAGCUGAAGAAGCCAUUCUCCGAGAUCCCUCUGAGCAAGGCUAUCAAGGAUCUUGUUGGCGGCAAGUCUACCCUACAAAACGAAAUUCUGGGCGAUCUAGGAAAGGAGUUCGGCUCUACACCAGAGAAGCCGGAGGACACACCUUUGGACGAGCUUGGUGCAUCCAUGCAGGCCACUUUCGACGGAAACCUGGGCAAGCAGACGCAAGCACUGAUUGCUCGUUUGAUUUCUUCCAAGAUGCCCGGUGGUUUCAACGCCACAUCAGCAAGGAAAUACCUCGAGUCUCGCUGGGGGCUGGCCUCGGGCCGCCAGGAUGGUGUGCUGCUGCUCGCAAUCACCAUGGAGCCACCAUCUCGUCUUGGCUCGGAGUCGGACGCAAAGGCAUUCCUGGACGAUGUUGCACAGAAGUAUGCCUCUAAUGCCGGCAUCAGCCUCACCACUGCUGCGGCUUCCGGGCCCGCCACCGGCGGUGGUGGCAUGAUGAUGGACCCGGCCGCCAUUGACGCCCUCACCAAAGACCAGAGAGCACUCUUCAAGCAGCAGCUUGAGCUGCUCGCGCGGUACCUCAAACUGGACCUGCGGGCUGGAGACAAGGCUUUCAUCAACGAACAGAAAUCGAGCAAGGUUCUGCAAGCCCAGUUAGAUCUGUGGAGUGCGGAGCAUGGUGAUUUCUACGCCGCUGGCAUCGAGCCAUCUUUCAACCCGCUCAAGGCGAGGACAUACGACUCGUCGUGGAACUGGGCUCGGCAAGACGCCUUGACCAUGUACUUCGACAUUAUCUUCGGCCGACUCCAGGUUGUCGACCGUGAGAUUGUGAGCCAGUGUAUUCGUCUGAUGAGCAAAUCGAACCCCACACUCCUCGAAUUCAUGCAAUAUCAUAUCGACAAUUGCCCAACAGAGCGUGGCGAGACGUACAAGCUUGCCAAAGAGCUGGCAACACAGCUUCUCGAGAAUUGCCGGGAGGCCCUGACAGUUGACCCUGCAUACAAGGACGUCAACUUUCCCACCGGUCCUCACACCACUAUCGAUGCUCGGGGUAACCUCAGCUAUGAGGAAGUUCCCCGGCAGAGCUGCCGGAAGCUUGAGCAUUACGUUCAGCAAAUGGCUGAGGGCGGCAAGAUCUCCGAGUAUGGCAACCGGUCCAAGGUUCAAGGCGACCUCGGCCGUCUGUACAAGAUGAUCAAGGCGCAGCACAAGAUGUCCAAGGGCUCCCAACUAGAGAUCAAGACUCUGUACAGCGAUGUAAUCCGAUCACUCAACAUGAACGAGAGCCAGAUCCUCAAGGAUGAUGGCAAGCCAGGCUUGCUCGCCAAGAAGGUGGCUAAGCCAAAGGGCAAGAUGGAGGCCAUCCCCUUCCUGCACUUGAAGCAAAAGUCAAUGCAUGGAUGGGAGUAUAGCAAGAGGCUCAGCAACGUCUACCUCGACUGCAUGGAGCGUGGCGCCAGAGAUGGUAUCAGCUACGCUGGCAAGUACGCACUGAUGACCGGUGCCGGUGCAGGCUCAAUCGGAGCAGAGGUCUUGCAAGGCCUGAUCAGCGGUGGUGCUCACGUCAUCGUCACCACAAGCCGCUUCUCACGGGAGGUGACGGAGUACUACCAGGCCAUGUAUGCUCGCCACGGCGCUCGUGGGUCUCAACUUGUCGUUGUGCCCUUCAACCAAGGCAGCAAGCAAGAUGUUGAGGCUUUGAUCGAGUACAUCUACGACCCAAAGUCUGGUCUCGGCUGGGAUCUCGACUUUGUCAUCCCUUUUGCUGCCAUCCCUGAGAACGGCCGCCAAAUCGACGGCAUUGACUCCAGGUCCGAAUUGGCCCACCGAAUCAUGCUCACCAAUCUCCUGCGUAUGCUCGGCAGCAUCAAGACGCAGAAGGCUACCCGCGGAUUUGAGACUCGACCUGCGCAAGUCAUGCUUCCUCUUUCUCCCAACCACGGCACCUUCGGCAGCGAUGGUCUCUACUCUGAGUCCAAGCUUGCCCUUGAGACACUGUUCAACCGGUGGCAUGCAGAGGACUGGGGCACGUACCUCACCAUCUGUGGCGCCAUUAUCGGCUGGACCCGUGGCACUGGUCUCAUGUCGGCCAACAACGUCGUGGCUGAGGGUGUUGAGAAGCUGGGCGUGCGUACUUUCUCCCAGCAGGAGAUGGCCUUCAACUUGCUUGGCCUGAUGUCGCCUCAAAUCGUCGACUUGUGUCAAAUGGAGCCCGUCAUGGCGGACCUGAACGGUGGCCUCCAGUUCAUUCCCAAUUUGAACAACGUCAUGACCAAGCUUCGCAAGGACAUCAUGGACACUAGUGAGAUCCGAAGGGCUGUCACCAAGGAGACUGCCUUGGAGAACGCCACUGUGAACGGUGCCGACUCUGAGGCGCUCUACAAGAAGAAGGUCAUUGAGCCACGUGCCAACAUCAAGUUCGACUUCCCCAACCUUCCGGACUGGAAGCAGGACAUCGCCCCUCUGAAUGGCAACCUGAAGGACAUGGUUGAUUUGGAGAAGGUGGUUGUUGUCACUGGUUUCGCAGAAGUCGGACCUUGGGGUAACUCGCGCACCCGAUGGGAGAUGGAAGCUUAUGGCCAGUUCUCCCUUGAGGGCUGCAUCGAGAUGGCGUGGAUCAUGGGUCUCAUCAAGAACCACAACGGACCUCUCAAAGGCAAGCCCUACUCUGGAUGGGUCGAUGCCAAGACAGGCGAGCCUGUCGACGACAAGGACGUCAAGGCCAAGUAUGAGAAGCAAAUCAUUGAGCACUCUGGUAUCAGACUCAUUGAGCCUGAGCUGUUCGGCGGAUAUGACCCCAACAAGAAGCAGCUGCUUCACGAGGUUGUCAUUGAGGAGGAUCUUGAACCUUUCGAGACCUCCAAGGAGACGGCCGAGGAGUUCAAGCGCGAGCAUGGCGACAAGGUCGAGAUCUUUGAGAUCCCUGAUAGCGGCCAGUACACAGUCCGCAUGAGGAAGGGCGCUGGCCUCUGGAUCCCCAAGGCCCUGCGUUUCGACCGCCUCGUUGCUGGUCAGAUUCCAACGGGCUGGGAUGCCAAGCGAUACGGUGUACCCGACGACAUCAUUUCUCAAGUCGACCCUGUGGCUUUGUUCGUCCUCGUUUCGACGGCAGAGGCUCUAAUCUCGGCCGGUAUCACGGAUCCCUACGAGUUCUACAAGUACGUCCACGUCUCCGAGGUCGGCAACUGUGUCGGCUCUGGUAUGGGAGGCGCCGCUGCCCUCCGGGGUAUGCACCGCGACCGCUUCCUCGACAAGCCUCUGCAGAACGACAUCUUGCAGGAGUCUUUCAUCAACACCAUGGCUGCUUGGGUCAACAUGCUGCUGAUCUCAUCUUCUGGCCCCAUCAAGACCCCGGUUGGUGCUUGUGCAACAGCUGUGGAGUCCGUUGACAUCGGCUAUGAGACCAUCAUGGAAGGCAAGGCUCGCGUCUGCUUUGUUGGUGGUUUUGAUGACUUCGGAGAGGAAGGAUCGUAUGAAUUCGCCAACAUGAAGGCCACCAGCAAUGCUGUGGACGAGUUUGCCCACGGCCGUACACCCAAGGAGAUGUCCCGGCCCACGACUACCACCAGAAACGGCUUCAUGGAGUCUCAGGGUUGCGGUGUCCAGGUCAUUAUGACUGCCAAGCUUGCCUUGGAUAUGGGUGUCCCCAUCCACGGUAUCCUCGCUCUGACCACCACUGCCUCUGACAAGAUCGGUCGUUCCGUUCCUGCUCCUGGUCAGGGUGUCUUGACCACUGCUCGCGAGAACGCUGGCAAGUUCCCCUCGCCUCUGCUCGACAUCAAGUACCGGAGGCGACAAAUCGAGCUUCGCAAGAAGCAGAUCAAGCAGUGGCACGCCAAUGAGCUCGAGUUCCUUGCUGAGGAAGUCGAGGCAAUCAAGUCUCAAGGCGAGGAAUUCGAUGAGAAGACGUACACUGCUGAUCGUGUCAACCACAUCGAGAAGGAGGCCCAGAGACAGGAGAAGGAGGUUCUCCGCAGCUUCGGAAACAACUUCUGGAAGCAGGACACUAACAUUGCUCCUCUCCGUGGUGCCCUGGCUACGUGGGGCCUUACCAUUGAUGAUCUUGGUGUCGCUUCUUUCCACGGUACUUCGACGAAGGCCAAUGACAAGAACGAGUCUUCUGUCAUUUGCCAACAGCUCGAGCACCUCGGUCGCAAGAAGGGUAACGCCGUGCUCGGUAUCUUCCAGAAGUACCUCACCGGUCACCCCAAGGGUGCUGCGGGCGCUUGGAUGAUGAACGGCUGCCUGCAAGUGCUCAACACCGGUCUGGUGCCUGGCAACCGCAAUGCCGACAACGUCGACGAGGUCAUGGAGAAGUUUGACUACAUUGUGUACCCAAGCCGCAGCAUCCAGACUGACGGCAUCAAGGCCUUCUCGGUCACCUCCUUUGGUUUCGGCCAGAAGGGUGCUCAGGCAAUUGGUAUCCACCCCAAGUACCUGUUCGCCACCCUUGACGAGGCCACCUACCGUGCCUACUGCACCAAGGUGGACGCACGGCAGAAGAAGGCUUACCGCUUCUUCCACAACGGCAUGAUCAACAACACCCUCUUCGUGGCCAAGACCCACGCUCCUUACACGGAUGAGCAGCUCAGCUCCGUCCUGCUCAACCCAGAUGCGCGUGUCACCGAAAGCAAGAAGACGGCCGAGCUGACUUUCCCUUCGAACUUCAUGGACUUGUCUAAGAAGACGAUUCCUGCCGAGAAGAAGAAGACAAUGUAUGACACCGUCAACCAGUUGGCAUCACAGCUACAGACCAAGAACUCGAGCGUUGGUGUCGACAUUGAAGAUAUCGACAGCUUCAACAUCGAGAAUGACACCUUCAUCGAGCGCAACUUCACCCCCAAGGAGAUUGCUUACUGCAAGAAGAGCGCUGCGCCAAGGAGCUCUUAUGCCGGCAGGUGGAGCGCGAAGGAGGCUGUGUUCAAGAGCCUGAACGUCCCCAGCAGGGGCGGUGGCGCUGCCCUGAACGAGAUUGAAGUGUUGAGCAACGAGAAUGGUGCUCCUACUGUUCACCUGCACGGCAAUGCUGCUGCCGCCGCCGAGAAGGCUGGCGUGUCAGAGGUCAGCGUCUCCAUCUCUCACUCUGAUAACCAGAGCAUCGCUAUUGCGUUGGCCAAGUUCAAGUAG